AUGUGUAAAUCGCCCAUUACCACCUUUUACAUGAACUAGAACCAUCAAUACGUCGCACAGUGUAUAAAACCUGCGAUUCUUCGGACGUUCAUUACUCUGGUCUCUGAACUCCGGUUAACGUCUGUAAACAGCUGAAAAGAUGCAGUCGUGUGAUUUCUGCGGAUACGGCACGAGCGACAAUAUUCACGGUGUCUCAUUCUACAAAUUCCCUUUAGAAGAGGAGCAUCGUCGCCUCUGGAUAGUAAAUAUGGGAAAGGACGCGGAAUGGACUCCAUCCGAAUCCUCGUCUCUGUGCUCCGCUCAUUUCACUCCAGAUUGCUUUGAAUCUGGAUCAGCGUGUUUACACUCAGACGCGAUUCCGACUGUAUUUAAUUUCACACAAACUGAGAAUCAGAUUCUAAAAGACACUGAAAAUCUCCCUCCACAACAAGGAGCACCUACUGAAUCCACCAUCUCCUCCAGAUCAUCCUGUUGUGACUGUUAUAAAGGUCUGCAGGCCACAGAAAGAAAUUACCAGCUAAAAUUAGCUGCUGCUCAGCUUCAGAUAAAAGAAUACAAAAAGAAUCUAGCAGAGGAGUCACGGAAAGCAACGCAAUGGCAGAAGCGAGCAAUAGUUUUGCAGAGUGCAAUCAGAGCAAUGAAACAAAGGGGGUCAAUACCAGGAUCAAGAAAAACUUCUACACCUAAAAAUAGUCAAUUGGACUGACACACAUU